ACCAAAAUGUCUUUUACGAAUUCGUAGUGAUGGUGGCUGGCUUCCUCGCAGACAUAAUAUCAUAAAUUACGUGUAAUUUGUAAAGUUUUACAAUAUUUUAUUGUAAAUAACUAAGUUCUUUUAGUGAUUUAAGUGCUCAAUAAAUCAAACAUCAAAUUGCAAUGAGUUCAAGUGUAUGCUACAAGUGUAACCGCACGGGGCACUUUGCCCGCGAGUGCACACAGGGCGGCGGCGUCGCCUCCCGCGACUCCGGCUUUAAUCGGCAACGCGAAAAAUGCUUCAAAUGCAACCGCACUGGACACUUUGCACGCGACUGCAAGGAAGAGGCUGAUCGCUGCUACAGAUGUAACGGUACGGGGCAUAUAGCGCGCGAGUGCGCGCAGAGCCCUGACGAGCCGUCGUGCUACAACUGUAACAAGACUGGGCACAUCGCACGGAAUUGCCCAGAGGGAGGACGCGAUAGCUCAGGGCAGACUUGUUACAAUUGUAACAAGUCUGGCCACAUAUCGCGCAACUGCCCGGAUGGCACCAAGACCUGCUAUGUCUGCGGGAAGCCCGGCCACAUCUCGCGCGACUGCGACGAGUCGGAGCGGAACUAACACACGCCCACCCGCACACACCGUAAACAAAUUCAACUAUGUAUAUUAUGAUGCCACGCACGGACUGUAAGCAAAGGACGCGUCACUAGAUCGUAAGGCCACAGACUGGACGAAAUUGAUACAACGGAAUUAUGACGCAGCGAAGAGACUGAGGAGGUUUAAUGUUGACUUGUAUAUAGGUCUCCCGCGCGACGCGGUUAAUGUUUGUUCUCGCUCGUGAACGUUGUGUUUUUAAAUCAUUUAAUAAUCGUGAUUGAACUAUUGAUGAGGUAGCGUUACAGUUUUUAGCAUUACAGAGUAUAUAUUUUGUACAGAUAUUAUUUGUCAAAAGAUAAAUUGGUUGGUGGCGUAUGAUGACUUUUCAAUGUUGUGGAGACCCGGGAGUUGAUCUGACUAGAGGAUUGUCCGUUUUGUUAUGCAAGACCUCUGUCCCUCGUCCGUAUAACUAUCAAUAAUAGUAACUAUUUGUUUUCUUAAAUAUUCCUUUGUUUAGGUCCUGAUGAUUGGUGGAGAAUUCAGUGGUUAAUUAAUUAGAAUUUCAUUAAUCAUAAUAUUUUUUAUUUUGUUAUCCCUUACAGUGUGCCUGUGCAUUACACAUAAAAUGUAAUAUAUCAGCUUUAGUGGGACAUUAAUAAAAUCUUGCCUUACA